CAUAGUGAACAUUAGUAUCAGAUUAAUAAUAAAAGUUACUAGAAUGAAUGAAACAGGCCCUUUAAAUAUUUCUACACCAUCUGCAACUUCUGUAACCAAUGAAGCUUGGGUUAUAGUUCCCAGUGCUCCUAUUUUACCGAUCAGCGAUCCCGUGGUACAACAACCAACAUGGUCAUCUCCAUCGAUGGAAAUUCAAAAAGUACUCUACAACCAAAACGAACAGGAAAAUUUACUUGCUUCAGGUACUCAAUCAGAGAAUAUAACACAUCCGCUAAAUAACGGAAAACCUAUGACACCAGUGAUAGAAGAGGGUUCUGAAAGUGUUUGUCUAGACCAAUGUUUGGUAAAUUGCAUAGGUGCAUGUUUUGAUAGUUGUUGUGAUAUGUGUAUAGACAAUUGUUGUGAUAAUUGCCUUAAUAGUUGUUGUGAUAAUUGUUGUGAUAAUUGUUGUGAUGAUUGAUAUCGGUAAAACUUUUUGAAUAAGUCCAAGUUAGUUUCUUAGGUAUAUGUUAAAGACAUUUUUCAAAGAUAAGAUUUUGUAUUUUAUUUAUACUGGAUAUACAAUAAUUAUUUAUAAAAUUUAUUUUAUGAAAUAACUUAAUAUAUUUAUGUACGUCA